AAACUCUCUAUCUUCUCAAACACAAGUGAUGAUCUGAACUCUAGCCCUAGUUUCUACGCAUCAAACCCAUCGUCUGCUCUUCCUUAAUUAGUGCAACCAAUUGAUUUCUCAUCUCCUCAGAUUCUUCUCUUGUGCAUCAAAAACCUCUCAAGGUUAUGGCACCUAGUAAGCAAUGGAUGCAACUUGUUGAUAAUCGGCUCGAUGAAGCCUACUUAAUUGGGGUGCAAAAGUUUUUGGAUUAUGCUUUUUGGAAAACAGGAGAAGAAUAUGAAAUACGAUGUCCAUGUGUCAAAUGUUGUAAUACAACUUUGGGAACCCGUGAGACAGUUGAGACACAUUUGAAAGUUUAUGGAAUAAUUCAAAAUUAUACUUUUUGGUAUCACCACGGGGAAACUUUAGGUGAGCCCCUAUCAGAAUCUGAAGAUGAAGAUGGUGAUGAAGCAGAAGAAUGCGAGAGUGAAGAUGAAGUACAAGAAUUGUUGAGAGAUUUAUAUCCUAAUCUUGAUGGAGAAACCACGCACAAUGAUUGUGACGAUUUACUUGACGAGGAACCAAAUGCUGAAGCAAAAACAUUUUACAGCCUAUUGAAGGAUUUCGAGCAGCCAUUGUACCAAAAUUCAAAAGCUUCAAAACUGUCCUCUUUGAUUAAAUUGCUUCAUAUCAAAAGUAUGGGCCGUUGGAGUAACGAGUCAUUUACGAUGUUAUUAAAAAUGUUAAAAGAGGAGUUGUUGCCUGAUGGUGCCAAUUUGCCAAACUCAUAUUAUGAGGCAAAGAAGAUAAUUCAAGACCUUGGGUUAUCUUACAUCAAGAUUGAUGCUUGUACUAAUGAUUGCAUGUUAUACUGGAAGGAGGACAAGUUACUCGAUUCUUGCAAAAUUUAUGGUGCAUCCAGAUGGAAAAUAGAUACACAUAGCGGGGAGACAAGAAAUAAAAAAGGUAAAAAGAUAGCAUCAAAGACUUUGCGCUAUUUUCCAUUAAAGCCCAGGCUUCAAAGAUUGUUUAUGUCUAGAAAGACAUCUACUCUAAUGACAUGGCAUAAAGAUAAAAGAGUUGAUGAUGGAAUAAUGAGGCACCCAGCUGAUUCGAUGGCAUGGAAGUCAUUUGAUGAACUUCAUCCUUCAUUUGCGGCCGAGCCUCGUAAUGUUCGACUUGGACUUGCUAGUGAUGGAUUUCAGCCAUUUCGGAAUUCAAAAACCUCAUAUAACAUUUGGCCUGUGGUUCUUAUUCCUUAUAAUUUACCACCUUGGUUGUGUAUGAAGCAGGAAAUUUUUUUUUGUUAAUGCUUAUUCCUGGUCCGAAUGGUCCAGGAGAUGCAAUUGAUACAUAUCUUCAACCUUUAAUACAGGAACUAAAGGAGUUGUGGGAAGUUGGUAUUGUGACCUUUGAUGCAUCGUCUAGACAGAAUUUUAAGUUGCAUGCUUCUUUGUUAUGGACCAUCAAUGACUUUCCAGCAUAUGGAAAUUUAUCUGGAUGGAGUACAAAGGGAAAAUUGGCAUGUCCAUGUUGCAAUAAAGACAUUUCGUCAAUUCGAUUGACUAAUAGUAAGAAGCAGUGCUUCAUGGGUCAUCGGCGUUACCUUCCUGUUAGUCACAAAUGGAGGAAUGACGAAAAGUCAUUUGAUGCUACAAAAGAGAAAAGGCUCCCACCAAAAAUGCAUUCCGGUAUUGAGAUACUUAAUCAAGUGCAAGAUCUUAAAGGGCUACAAUUAACAAAUGAUCCAAAGAAAAGGAAGAAGAUAUCACAUGAAAAUCGAAAGGAUAAUUGGAACAAAAAAAGUAUCUUUUUUGAACUUCCAUACUGGAAAUCUCUCUUGUUGCGACAUAAUUUGGAUGUUAUGCAUAUUGAAAAAAAUAUAUGUGAUAAUAUUAUGGGGACAAUCAUGACUGUCAAAAGAAAGACCAAGGACACAGUUAAAACUCGGUUAGACUUGCAAGAAAUGAACAUUAGGCCAGAAUUGCAUCCCAUCCAAAGAGGGGAGAAAGUCGAAGUUCCAACUGCAUGCUACACAUUGCCUCCCGAAGAUAAGCACAAAUUAUGCCUUUUCUUAAAGAACUUAAAGGUCCCUGAUGGAUUUUCAUCUAAUAUUUCUCAAUGUGUGAACCUGAAAGAUCACAAGAUAUCUGGGUUGAAGAGUCAUGAUUGUCAUGUUCUUUUGCAACAUAUACUUCCUCUUGCACUUCGUGGUAUGUUGUCCAAAGAAGUUUGUGAACCUCUUAUUGAGUUAUCUUUAUUUUUUAACAUGCUUGGAUCAAAGGAGUUGAGGAUUGAUGAUCUGGAACAUAUUGAAGCGCAAAUUCCCAUAACACUUUGCAAGUUAGAAAGGGUCUUCCCUCCUUCAUUUUUUGAUGUCAUGAUGCACUUGCCUAUUCAUUUGGCUAGUGAAGCUAAGAUUGCUGGACCUAUUCAUUAUCGGUGGAUGUAUCCUGUGGAACGAUGGUUAUAUUUUUUGAAAUCUCUCAUUGGUAAUAGAGCAUGUCCAGAAGGUUCUAUUGCAGAGGGCUACAUUGCAAAUGAAUGUAUGACCUUAUGUUCAAGGUAUCUGCAUAGGAUCGACACUAAAUUCAAUCGGCCUGAACGAAAUUAUGAAGGGGGUUUAAAAAAAUCUAAUGGAGGUUUAACUGUGUUUUGUCAACCUGGAAGUACUCUGGGAGUUAAAGUUCCAUGUGAUCUUGAAGAAAAUGAAUUGGAACAAGCACAUAUAUACAUACUGAAGAACUGUGAUAAAGUCAUACCAUAUCUCGAAGAGUUUGCACAAACUCAUGUGGAUACUGUGCAACACUUGACUGAUGCAGAAUGGAACAGAAAAUUUAUUGAAUGGUUUAAAGUUAGGGUGAGUAUUACAUAAAACAUUAAAUUUAAAUUUGACAUUUUAGUGUUGUAUUACUCCUAAAAUAUUCAACUUAAUUUGUUCGUAGGUUGCACAAUUGUAUAAGGGAGAUAAUAGUCAGAUCAUGGAAGAUCUGCUCUCACUUUCACGUGGUCCUACCGGAUAUUCGACACAUUGCAAUGGUUACAUUGUCAAUGGAUAUAGAUUUCAUGCCGAAGAUCAUGAUAAAAACUUAAGGACUCAAAAUUGUGGUGUUGUUGUAGUUGGUGAGAAUGAUAAAGAUAGUGAGAACCUUGAUUACUAUGGAGUUUUAACAGAUGUGAUUGAAUUACAAUUUGUCAUGCAUAGAAGAGUGAUUUUGUUUCAAUGUAAUUGGUUUGAUGUGUAUGAUAAAACAAAAGGAGUUAAAAAAGAUGAGUACGACUUUGUGAGUGUUAAUCCAAGGAGAUUUUUGAAAACAAAUGAGCCUUUUGUUUUAGCGGAGCAAGCAUCUCAAGUGUUUUAUGCUAAUGACAAUUCCAACAAAGGUUGGUAUGUAGUGAGGAAGACUCAACCUCGUGAUUCGUAUGAGAUUGUGAAACAAAUGGAUGAUGUUAUUGUAGACAUAGGAAAUCCUUCUCAAAAGAAACGAAAAAGAAU